CUGUACUUGGGUGUGAGAGGAGCGCUGUCAUUGGGAGGCUGUCCGGGUUUGGGUGUUGCUCCUCGGGGGCGUGUCGCCACACCUGAGCUCUGCAUACCGCACAGUGAAAUGAAGCGGCAGCUCAGCUGCAGCUGUCACCUGUCAGCAAGACUCAUCCGUGCGGUUUUUUUCCACUCCUGGAAUCUUUCCAUCCGGUUUUAAUGAGUGGAUCACCAGUGGGAGAGCCGUUGUGACUCGCGUGAAGACCCGCCAGUCCUCCUCCAGCCCCGGUGACUUCACCCCAGCAGAGAGAUGGCGAAGAGUUCAGGCAGAAAGUCUCUGAAAAGUUUGUUCUCCAGGAGCGAAGCCAGCCUGGUCGCUCCGGUGGAGAAGGAUGUGGACAAGAGUGAGGGAGAGAAGAAGAGGUUCAAGUUCUUGAAGCUGAAGUUGAAGUCGAAGAAUAGCUCUGCCUCAGAGCCGGCCAAUGAGAACCAGCAGGUGAUCAGUGCUGUUAAGGCCGAGAUCAGAGAGGCAGACAACAACAUCUCGGACAGCAAGAAGUCUUUUCUCUACGGCACGGCACCAAGGUCAAAGGGAAAAGAAUUCAGCUACUCAGAGCUGGACCUCCGAAAGCCCAACAGGUUUGCCACCUUUUCCUUUGGUCUCAGAAAGAGGAAGAAGAAAUAUGAAGAGGAUAUGUCCAAGAGCACGUUUGGCCUUCAUAGCCCAGGGAUCAACGAGCAUGAGGAGACUCAUCUAGACCUCAGCCAGAUGGAGUUGGAUCAGGCCAACACCAAGAUGAUGUUCAGUAGGUCUCAGCCACAGCUUGACAUGAGAAAUAAGUUUGACAUCCCUUCUCCUCCACCUGUGAACCCCAACCAGUUAGAAACAUAUUUCUCUCUCCUGAAUGAGUCGCAGUCAUCUGUCACUAAAAACGCCCAACCAGAGGCAAAGGGGCCUUUCACAAGCGGCACGGAUCUUGUCAGUGUCCACAAGGAACCGCUGAAAGCGCCGAUAGCUACCAUUCCUGAGCUGCAGCUGGAAUCUCCAGGCUCAUCAGAGGAGAAAGAGAAUGUUCCUGUUCAUGAGAACUUCUCCAGAGGUGAUCCCACUUCAUCUGUCUCCACGACUGUUUCAGGCACCACCACUGCUGUGCCCAUCCUUCCAACUAGCCAGCCCUCAAUCGUGCCUGACAUCCCAGAUCACAAAGCGGCAGACAUUGACUCAGCCUGCCCAAGCAAUGCCCUGUGUGACAAUGACAUCCUUCAGCAGUCUUCCACAGAAACAGAAAUAUCUCUUGCUGAAUCCACCAGAGUUGCAUUAUUGCAUCAUCAACCAGAUGCCUCUGACACAGCUGACAGUACAACUCCAAACAGUAAACCAUGCCUGGAAAGUGUUGACUCCAAAAAUGACGCCGUUAAUAAGAAGUCAGCCCCUGUUCCUCGCACUGACAACUCGAGUCUCAACGCAGAUUCUGCCUCUGUCCAUCAAGACGUCUCAAUUUCUCACAUCGAGAGAUCUGUUCCCCAAACUGCCAAGAGUGUCACCACAGCCCCGGCUGUUAGCAGUGAAAAGAGCACUCGUCCUGUCAGUCAAGAUGCAGUUUAUGGAGCGUUGUAUGAGUCACUUUUCCCUCAGAGUUUUACCUCAGAGGUAAUGUCUUUGGUCUCAAAUCUUCCACCUCAAGACCGUACAGAGAUAAUACACCACAACGCCAAAUCAGAACCUGUCAUGGUUAAAACCCUUAAUGAGUGUCACACAGAAACUAAUGUUCUAUACUGCCUGUCAACUUCACGUGAGUUUGACUCUGCCAGAAUGGAUGAUGCUGCAGGUGCUUACACCAACACCUUCAGUGAGAGAAAGGUGAUUUCUUCCUGUGAGAGCUCCAGCUCUUAUCAAACAGCUUCUAAGCCUCACAGAGAACCAGAUAUCCACCACAGGUAUCUACUUCCGUCCCACAUCUCAGGUUCGGAACCAGUUGACAGCAGUAAUGUUUCCUACUCUGAGCUCACCCACUCCCUUUCAGAGGCGAAAUCAGACAGUUUCAGCCUCAUUGGAGACACCGUCAGGUCAGUCCCUGUGGUUCAGAGCUCUGCCCCUCCUGUUUUCGACUAUGUAAUGUCCCAGGAGACGGAUACUCAGGUUACUGACACCACACGGCGAGUGAUCCUAGUCAAAGAGUUGGUCACAGACGAGGCAGGCUCUGAUCCUGGCUGUCCCUCUCUUGUGCCUGAGAAAAUGAGUGCCUCGACGAGUCUAGAAAUUGAAACGAUUGCUCCUGGACAGACCGACGGGUACGACGGACCUUUAAGCCCAACAUAUCUGAGUGUAGGCUCAGAUGAUGGCAGCGCCAUGGAGAUCUACUACAGUGCUGAAGAGGACAACAUAAUGAGCGGGGAUGAAGAGAUGUACAUGGCGAAUGAAAGAGAAGAAAUCUGCGCAGUAGGUGACGUGAGAAAAAUGGACGUCGGGCUGCGUGAGGAUUUUCCACGGCAGGAUGACGUUGCAGAAAGAAGGAUAAGUAAGAGAGACGAGGGAGGAUUGGUGAUAAUUGUUAGAACGCAGAAUGAGGGAGUCAAAAUGUGCAAUGAAGAAGAGAAAGUAGAUGUCAAUACCGGAACUGAGGUGCAGCAACAACCAAGAGGUCAGAGUUCAGUGCAGGAAGCUGGAAUGUUUGAUUUUCACGUGCGCAAUGAUGCAAAGGAGAAAGAAGUAGCAAGCACAGUGUUUCCACAGGAGGAGAGAAAGGAGGAGUUACCGGCCACACCGGUUCAGCAGGUGAACACUCUGAUGGUAUGCGACUUUGCUCCACCCUCCAGUGAGCUGCAUGUGCAGGGGGAGGGGACAGGGGGAAACUGGAGCAAGGAAUUGGAAACAGAAGACCACCCUAAUCAAGGGAAGCAACUCCUGAGCCAGGAGAUACAAUAUCUGGCCUACAAAGACAUUCAGAGUUCUGAAUGUAUACAUGCAGCCUCCGCUAACACAACAAUGGAAGAAAUGAUCACACCCAAGUUCAGAGAGACAGAAGAGCAAGUUGCAUUUGCUGCAGAUGCAGAGAAGAGAGGCAAGGUGAGCACAGAAAGCACAGAAACCAGCAGUACGACUACAACAGGUGCAGAAAGAGAGGUUUUCACUGGCACUUCGACACGCAGCGCAGAGCUGCAAUCAGAUGCCACAGGGAUUGAACACAAUAGGGCUCCACAGGGGAGUGAGUGGGUGGAUACAAUUACUCAGAGCACAGAGAGGACCAGCACAGCCCAGGUGCCAGUCGAGCUGUCAGUCCCGAUCACAGACACAUGCUGUCCUGACACCAAAGUCGCAGACACACUGUCAGAGAGACCCGAUCUUCUCCAGCUGAAUCAGGGGUCCCUGACGGCUUCAAGGACGCCCACAACAGCUUCAGAAGCCAACCAGGAAUCUGUUGACAAAAUGAAUUCAGGCUACAGCAGCCUGAGCACCAAACUGUCCGUUAAGAAUCCAUCUCCCCCUAAAGAGGAUGAAUCCAAAUAUCGUUUCUAUAAAGUAUCUCUCAUCAGUGAGGCAGGCACCAAUGAGGUCAGCCAGGAUACAGUGGACUUUAACACAACAAACACCACUGUGACUGAAUCAAAUGGAGCAGAUCUCGAUUCCGAGUACAAAUGGAGAAACAGAUUUGAGGGGGUUUCUCAGUAUAAACCGUACGGGACAGAAGAUUCUUCUUCCUCUGGUUCUCUGACUGACAUUUACACCAGUACCUCCUCUCUCCUCUCCUCUGUUCAACCCGAGGCUACAGCAUGCAAAUAUCUCGACAACACCUUUUCCUCCUCCUCCUCCUCCUCCUCCCCCGCCCCAGAGAAACAUAUUACCCUUGGCAACAGGUUGAGUGACAGGACCGAAGUUUAUCUGAGCCGUGAGAGCGAGCCAGCAGUAGAGCGGAAAGAUGAGUGGAGGAGAAGCUUAGUGGAGCAGGAGGAGCCUACUGCGCCUGCAGGUGAAAGAGAGCGACAGAGAGAGGGAGAGGCAGAGAGGAUAAAGUCACACUGGGAGACACACCAGCUGCCUGUGUCUAGCCUCUCCUCUGCACAACAAACCAGCUACGACAGCACUGACAGCUCCAAGGAGGACGACUCCCAUUUUACUGGAGUGUUCCAGGCCACGCUCGUGGAGCUGGUCUCCGACCCCGUAGCUUCCCCCUCCACUCCCCCUGCCUCCCCAGACACAGACUUCCCCAACCAGUUCGAUAUGGACAGCCUGGUGCAUACCCUGAAGAGCAUGGGACCUUCCCUAAGGCCGAGGAGCGUGGGCCUACGCGGGCCUCCUCCAGUCCUCAUCUCCUCCCUGCCACCAAUUGUCGAGGAUGCUCCCAGCCCAGCCACCUCCGACGUUCCUGACUCCAUCACCAGUCCCACAAAAAAGAUGGAACCUCUCAACGGACUUUACACUCUGCCUCCUGACCUGGGACUGAAGUGGAGCUCCCCCAGAGAGUCUCGUUCACCACUGGAACUGAUGAAGCAGAGCCAGCAGGACCCGCAGACUGGAACAAGAGGUCCAAACUCUCCCCUGAGAGCAUCUGCCAACAACAGUAUUGUAAUGAGAUCGUCUUCUUUUGAGGACUCAUCCCCUGUGCUAAAUGGAAAUGGAGUACUGUCGUCUCCCGGCACUGGUUCCCGCCUAGACAACAGCGUCAUCUUUGGGAGCCACAGGUCAGCAUCCAUAGAUCAGACAUCGGAAAACAGGCAUCGCUCACUUUUCCACACCAACUCACUACCUGAAACAGGGUUUUCAAACGAUCGCAUGAGUGUGGGAGCAAAGGAUCUUGAAGGGGGCACUGGAACAGACCAAGUGGGAUCUCGCUUUGAUCGCUUCUCCUUCCUUUUGAACUCCUCGUCCUCCACGUCGGGCUCUCUGACCGGGGCUGACGACUACAACUCUCGUAUGAGUCGGCCUCCACAACUGAGCAUCAGCUCCGCACCUUCCAGCAACAGUCCCACCCGCCUUCUCAGUCCCACCGACUCGAUAGACCUGCACAAGCCGUUCAGCACCACAGACUCCCCUUUCUCUCUGUUUAGCCAGACACAGGGGUUGGGGACGGGUCUAGGCACUGGUGGACUGGGCACUCCCACCCUGCAGAGGAGCUUCAGUAGUGAGGGCAUCAUGGGGGUCCAGCAGAAUUCAUUGUUCAACAAUGUGCAUGGAGGGUCUCAGUUCCAGAGCCAAGAACCUGAGCCUGAGAAAAGUCUGUUGUCCAAAUACAGAGCCUUCCCCGAUGCUUAUCUCACUAAAGAGAAAGAACAUGGGAAGCUCAAUCCUCGUCCUGGAAAGAUGUACAUCUUUGACCGGCCAGGGAUGUGUGGCCAGAGGAUCGAGGUGCGCAGUGAUGUCAUCGAUGCUACGCCGUGGGAACUGCAGGAGACCAUCUCCAUCAGGGUUGUCAGAGGAGGAUGGGUGCUGUAUGAGAAGCCCAACUUCAAAGGGGAGAAGAUCGCUCUAGACGAGGGAGACAUUGAACUCACUUACCCCUUCAACCCUCCAGAGGAGCAGCUGCAGGACGGACAGAAGGAGGGUGAAGAGCGGAAAGGAGAGCAGAACGGAGAAACAAGUGAUGUGCAGACGGAGACCAAGCCGGCCAGGAAGUUCAUUAUUGGAUCUGUCCGGAGAGCUGUGAGGGACUACAGUGUUCCAGAAAUCAGUCUGUUUCCAGAAGAGAACGCAGAAGGGAAGAAGGUUAUCUUCAGAGACACGUCUGAAGAUGCCAGGAUCUUUGGCUUCCCCAUCAAGGCUACGUCCAUCAUCAUUAACGCUGGGCUAUGGCUCGUCUACGCACAUCCCUUCUUCCAAGGUGUACCGCGAGUCUUGGAGGUAGGGGGGUACUCCAACCCUGCAGCCUGGGGAGUGGAACAGCCCUACGUGGCCUCACUACAUCCACUCAAAGUAGGUGAACCAAGAGUGGAAAAUAUGAUUGAGCCAAAGAUGGUUAUCUAUGACAAGCCGUACUUCACUGGGAAAUCAAGGAUCAUAACCACCGACAUGAAAGACUUCGUGACCAGGAUAGACAGGCAGCAGACGGUCUUUAUGUACAAUGUGGGCUCCCUUAAAAUCCUUGGAGGAAUCUGGGUAGGCUAUGAGAAGGAGGGCUACCGCGGCCACCAGUACCUGCUGGAGGAGGGCGAGUACCACGACUGGAGGGUGUGGGGAGGCUGUAACUUUGAGCUGCGCUCCGUCAGGGUGAUACGAGCAGACCUGUCAGACCCCAUGAUGGUGAUGUUUGAACAGCCAGAAGAAGAGCAGGAGGGCUUGCAGGAGGAGAACACGUUCGAGGUGACGGAGGCCAUUCCUGACGUUGAACUGUUUGAGUACAAAACCUCCACGCGCUCCGUCCACGUACUCAGCGGGGCGUGGAUAGCUUACUCCCAUGUGGACUUCUCUGGGAACCAGUACAUCUUAGAGAAGGGCUUCUACAAUAACUAUGCUGACUGGGGUUCUGAUGACAAUCGUAUCUGCUCAGUGCAGCCCAUCCUGCUGGCUCCACGUGACGGGUCAAGGAUCAGGAAUGAGGUAAUAUUGUACUCUGAACCAGACUUUCAGGGCGAGUGUCACGCCUUUGACCGCAACCAGGAAGCAGUGUCAGAAAAACUACUGACCAAGUCCUGUCGAGUGUCAGGAGGAAGCUGGGUGCUCUACGGGGAUGAACGGUUCUCUGGGAACUUGUAUGUUCUAUCCGAAGGAGACUACCCCAAUUUAACCAGCAUGGGAUGUCAGCCUGACUUCAAAAUCCGCUCGAUAAAGACCGUGCCAAUGACAUUCUCAGUUCCUUCCAUCUCUCUGUUUGGUCUCGAGUGUCUGGAGGGCAGAGAGCUCACUACAGACACAGAGAUCAUCAGCAUGGUUGAAGAGGGCUUGAACAACCACAUUCUGUCUGUCAGAGUGAACAGAGGCUGCUGGGUGAUAUGUGAACACAGCAACUACAGGGGGCGCCAAUUCCUUCUGGAACCAAUCGAAAUCACCAACUGGUUAAAGUAUAGCUCACUGCAGACUGUUGGCUCAAUGUACCCAGUCAGACAGAAGCGCCGCUUCUUCCGCAUCAAGAACAAAGAGAGAGGUCACUUCAUGUCUGUCCAGGGCGGCGUGGAGGAAAUGAAAACGGGACGGGUGGUGGUGACCCCAGAGGUGGAGGUGGAGCACAUGAGCGACAUCUGGUUCUAUCGGGAUGGCCUCAUCAAGAACAAGCUGUCCCCGACCAUGAGCCUUCAGGUGAUGGGCAACAUUGAGCCGGCAGCCAAGGUGGUUUUGUGGACAGAGAACCGGCAGCCUAUCCAGACGUGGACAGCCAAGAUGAGAGGCCUCAUUACCAGCCUUACUUUCCCUGGCAUGGUUCUGGAUGUCAAAGGUGGCAAAACUUAUGACAAGGACCACGUGGUGAUUUUGCCGGAGAAUGACGAGAGGCCGAGCCAGCAGUGGGAGAUAGAGCUGCUGUAACCUGCCGCUGUCAAAGCCUCGGGUUUCUCUUCGCUCAGCUUUCCUCAGCAGUGCAUCCACAGUGCUUGCCUGUACAGCUCCAGAAUACUCUCUACAUAUACUGGGAAACAACACUCCCACUGCCUUAUGAUGUCUUUUAUUUCACUGCCUCCUACUCUGUGAUCCAUGUAACUAGUAUGAACAUUGUAACAGCAAGAAUACAAUGAAGCAAUAGAAGCCCUGAAGAGCUGCACCAGUCAGUUUAGUGCUUUGCAGAGAUUUGUUAGUUUGUACACACUUUCUCCGAGUCAGAUCAUGAUUUUGUGGAAAAAAGUGCCUUGUCUUGCUGCAGCAGCUGGGUUCAUCACAUGAGUUGGAUAACUGUAGUUUUGAGGAUUUACUGAACUACCAUACAGAAAUCUAGCACAGGAUUGUAUGUGGUGUGGUUCAAGCCUGCUGUUCAUCAUUUGAGUAUUCAAACUAGAAUCCCUGUUCGUAUGAUAUCAGGCUCAUGCAAACUUCCUGCCUGUAGAAGCACCUGUUGUUGAUGCUUUCAUAACUUUGUUUACAAUGGAGCAAACCAAGUUUUAGAUGCCUCUGGACAUUGUUUUCCUGUGAAUAGCAAGUGGCUAUCAAUGUUUUACACAGAUAGCAGACGAAUGAAGCCAAAUGAAUGCGCAACGUGCAAGAAAUGUAUGCUCUGCUUUUUUCUAAAGGUAUUUUUUAUAUGUGUUGUUUGUAACAAUGUUUGUUUCAUGGGAGAUCUGCAGUAUAUCACAUUGCUUUGUGCGGUGCAAUGAAAAUGGGUUGUGUGUGUGUCCAGUUAUUCGAGUCAAAUUGUUACACAAACAAUGUAUGUUACCUUCACCAGUUGUAUAUUAAUAUUUGAUACAGAAGAAAUCAUAUAAAAUGUUAUGUAAGAGGGGAGUGGUUUUAAAGUAUUGAAUAAAAAAAUGUUAAAUAAAA